AAUCUGUGAGCCGAGUACUAUUUAUUUUACAAUUAAAAAAAUUCCACCAUUUUCAAACUCACAUCAUCUCUCUCUCUCCCUCUCGCUAUCUCCAUAGAGAUUCCGCUUUGGCGAGAGAGAGAAUCGAUAAUUCGAGUUCUCAAUCAAUUUUCCCAUUCAAACAAUCAUGCCUUCAGGCGCCAAGAAGCGUAAAGCUGCCAAAAGGAAGGGAACUCAGCCCAACACCAACAAUUCCAAUCCGUCCCCUGCUGCUUCUACGCAUGAUGCAGGCGCGGCUAGCUCAACCACUUCUCAGGAUAUGGAGAAGGGCAACAUUGCUGUUCCAGUCGAAAGAGAAUUAAAAAAUGGGAGUGAAUUAGCUGGCAAGUUUGACCACAAUGAAACCGAGAGGAAAUCAUAUGAUGGAGGGUCAUCCGGGAGCUCAGGCAGCAGCAGCUGCUCAGAUGAUGAAUCUCACGGUGAAAAAAUUGAUACUGUGCCUACCGUCACAAUUGUAGAGGCAAGUGAGGCCGUUUUGGAAAUGAACACGAGCUCUCAGUUUGUAUCUAAGGAUAAUGGCGAGAAAAAGGUCUCUGCGGAAGUAACCACUCCGUCUGUUGAGCAUGUUGAGGUGGCUUCUGAUCUGAAGACAUCAGCGGAAGAAACUGAUGAACGGUUCAGUCUGUCUUACAAUGCCCCAAUUGCUACUCAUGAUAAUGGAGUGGAUCUUGUGAAAGAUUCAGGAGUCACUGAGCCGUUGCUGGUUCCUCCUCCUUGUCCCGUGAAAACGACAUCAUGGAAGGGCUGUUGUGGACUAUUUGAACUGUUUACGAGCUCGUAUAGAUAAUUUACGUAUUAAAGCAUGACGAAUACCCUUUUCCCUGUGCCUCGCUGGGUGAGAUUUUUUCGUGAGCACGCCUCUUAGGCUCUUUCGGAUAGUAAAGAAGAAAUAGCAGCGAGAAGGUGAUUGCGACUUGUAAGUCUCACUAAUGUAUUGGCAUUAUGUGAAAGGUAAGCUAUAAACUAGUCUUCGUUUUUGCAGUGGAUAGGCGAGUUUUCUCCUUGAGUUUCAUGUAACACAGUUUGGUAUUGAUUGAGGAACCUCUGUAGUUGUGAAACUUGAAAAAGGUUCGCUUUUCUUUCUUGUUCGAGUCUGUGUAGUUAUCAGGUUUCUGACCGUGUUUCAUCGUACGAUCGUUGUUAUUGAUAUGGUGAUUGCUGCAUUAUAUUUA